AUGGUAUCAGGCUCUGGACUCAAGAAUGAAGGGGCUCUGCACUUCCUGAAAGGUCUAGGUCUCCGGUGGCAAAAGGAACGGCGCUAUCAAGAUGGAUGCGUUGAGAAGAACUACCUGUCGAUCUGGAGGACUUUGAUCCUUUCUAUUUUCUUCAUCCCGCGUUUUAUCGCUUUCUCUUCAUCACAGCUCUGCAUAUUUGAACCAUGGCACACGGAGGGCACUGGGAUCCCAACUCUGUUGGAAAUAACUGGUAUUAACAAGGCCAAGUAUAAUCAGACACCACCCCCUGCUGUACCGCACCAAGCCCACGGUGGUGCGUAUACUCCAGGCAGCUCGGUCGUUUCCUACCAGAACCAGCCGUACACUCAUCCAUAUCAACAAGCUGUAUCGCCUUCUACAAGCCCACUCUCGGCACAGUCUCACAGCUAUCCAGCUUCUCCUGGGUCGCUAGGAUACCAACAGUCUAUCCCUCUUGGACAAACCCAGACUCACAACACGAUGCAGUACCAACAACAAUCUAUGGCCUACAAUGGCCACCAAGGUGUCAUUUAUCAACAGGGUUCUAGCAGUGGUCAGCAGGACGGGCCAAUGGUUUCUGAAAAGGAGUUUCCUGUCAAGCUCAAAGGAAGCAAGCACUUCUUUGACUCGCGCUCCAUCUACCGAUGGCGCAAUCCCGUGUUGUACCAGAAGCCUGGUUACACUUACACGAGCAGCGAGGUUAAGAUGAGACAUAGAGACUAUGCGGGUCGUGUCUCUUUCAAACCUCGUUCGGAUCGAUAUCUGCACCACAAUGACGGCUACCUUCGUAACAUGUAUGUUGCAUGUGUUGAUGCCAUCUAUGAAGGCCCUGGCACUUCAACUUGGAAGAGAACCUAUGUUCGCAAGGUCGCUCCGAUGAAGGUGCGCAUUGCUACAUGGAUCAUUGACUUUAGCUACGAUCCCAAGAGUUGGGAAGAUUGGGGUAUCAUGGUGUUGAGAACUUUCCCGGCUGCUAUUGCCAUGGCUCUUGUUUUCUGGGAUGGCAAGCCUAGUGUCAUCAAGCGAAACCUCGCUUAUGCUCCUGUUCUUUACAGGUAUCACGGUGACGCCAAGGUCUGGAGCAACUUGCUCGAGAACCGCAAGGGUCUAUCCCUCAUGGCUCGCAACAACCAGAUCUAUCGCAUGUUGCGACCUCGCUAUCUCUGCUUCCUUCGUGAGCCAUUCAACGAUGAGAAUAGAGGAUUAGAUGUCCGCAGUGUUGUCGAGUGGGAGAACAGUGAUGGUCAAGACAUAAACCUUGCCUAUCUCUUCGUCGCCUACUCUACUGAGCAUUUUAGCCAUAGCUCCGAGCAGGACAUGAUGGCCCUUCAUCACAUCGCUGAGACCGCGUGUCGAGCUGCAAAGCUUCCUGCCUACUGGAUCGCUUGUAGCUGCAUGCGUGAUGAGAAUGAACUUGAGUCCGAUGUUUAUCGCAUCUCAGAUGUUCUCCGCGGUUCAGACAGGAUGGUCAUCGCUGUUGGUAGGGGUAAGGGUGCCAAGGCUGGACACUCAGGCAAGGCCAAUACUGAGUCUCUUCUUCGCGAGUGGGGAAGUCGAAUGUGGACUUUCCCCGAGGUUCUCCUGAGCCCAGGCCGAACUAUCUCGGUUUACACUCGUGACGGAAACCUCCAAUCCCCCCUGGUUGUUGCCAAGAACCAGUUCGCUGCUCUGGUGUGGACUUACAUGGACUCUGAUGUGGCUCGCCAUCUCAUCGAUCAUUAUCUCGGCUCCAUCAACCUGAGUCGUCUGGAGCAAGCUGUUUUGGCUCUCAAGUGUCUUUACAGCCGUCACACUACGGAGUAUCUCCCUGGUGACCAGGCUUAUGCCCUCAUGGGUCUCUUGAGACUUCGACCUCAAGUUGACAGAACUGACACUGCCUUCCAAGCCUUCUCAAGACUGUCUUUGGCAAAUGACUCUGACAGACUUCUUGAGAGAUACAUCUGCACACUCCCCCGAGACAAGGAUCAGCCAUGGUACGACAUGGAGGAUGCCUAUGAGUCAUCUCUCUGGGACAUCACUCCUUACUGUCAGGUAGCUGGUAUCGCCGACAACGAUACCAUCAUCAUCGAUGGUGCCUGGGGCAUCUCCAUCCGCUGGAAGACUUUCUACCCAGUGUACUGGUCUACGGGACCAUCCUGGAAGAGAUACUUUGCGGCAUUGGCAGUUGAAUGGAACGGGGCCUUCUUCAUCAUUGCAAUUGCACUCAUCGCAAGUGGUGCAUCCGCUAGCAGCUCUUCUUCCUCUUCCUCUAGCAGCAUGUACGGUUAUUCCACUGGCGCCAGCGCUAGUUCUGGAACUGCCAUGAUUAUCCCUGGUGUUAUCUUCCUCCUCCUGUUCGUCUGGAUCUGGUUGAUCACACCUAACCUGGUUCGAGUCAUCUACGGUGGCAAGUUUGCUGAUACUCAAGCCGAAAUGUUUGGCUUUGAAGGACACCUCAAUGCCCCUACUAUUGAGAGGUCCAUCUUUGGAGGUAACUUUGGUCGCUUUUCCUGGAGCACCAAUGGAAGCCCUCUCAGCCGAAGUAUCGUUAACGAUGAUGGCGAGCGUGUUGGCGUGGAUCCCUACAAGGAUCCGGAGGUGAGAAUGAAGGUUGAGGCGGCCAAGCAAGCUCGCCCAGGCGACAUGAGGAUUUUCACUCUUGUAGAUACGUACAACAUGGAGUUGACCUUGUUCGAGGCUGUCAGGCCACCUGUCACUCUCAUGUUCUGCGCUUCCGAGGGCGGCAUGCAGCGAGCUAUCGGAUGCUCAUAUGAGUGGGAGACACAGACUAUGUAUCGCGAAACAGUCCUCAGAAUGCCCACAACUGCCUUGAACCGAAUGGGUCGUGUUCCUCGGUUCCGUAUGGGCAUUCAGCGACCUCUGUAUCCUUCUGCUCCGUUGAACGGGGCUGUUUAAGUAUUGUAAUUGGGUAUCAUGGAAAUCUGGCUUGUAUAAUGUUUUUCUUC